CCCUCGCUUGUUUCCUUCCUUCCUUCCUCCCCGUCCCCUCCCCUCUCCUCUCUUCCCCGCCGCUCCGCUCGCCGCCGCCGGGAGCGCAUUCCCCGGCUCCGCUGCCGGCACCUGCAGACGCUCAUGGAAGAGCGGGGCGGGCGCUGCCGCAUGGCUCCGCGCCCCGGCGCAAAGGUCCUGUUUGAGAAAUACGUGUUCACUCAGCAAAACAAAAACAAUUUUUAAAGGUUUUUCUCGGUGGAAAUCACUCUAUGCCCCGUUACCUGCUUGAGUGAAACCAGACUAAGAACUUCUGUCAUGGCAGCUUUUCUUCUGGGAGCUGUGUUGCUUAUUGUUCAACCUCAGAUAGUGCCUUCCAGACCGGCUAUAAAUUCAAAGACUGAGACUUCUUCCCAGUCUCUUCAGAGAGAGCUUUUAAAGAAAACAUCUCAAAAAAAUGACUUCAAGGAAAACAUUCAUUCUAAUGGAUCAUGCCGGCAGCUGCCACAGACUAUCAUUAUUGGGGUGAGAAAAGGUGGAACAAGAGCUUUGUUAGAGAUGUUGAGUCUGCAUCCAGAUAUUGCAGCAGCAGAAAGUGAAGUUCACUUCUUUGACUGGGAAGACCAUUACAGAAAUGGAUUGCAGUGGUAUAUUCAUCAAAUGCCAUUCUCUUAUCCCCAUCAGAUCACCGUGGAAAAAACUCCAGCAUAUUUCACAUCACCUAAAGUGCCUGAAAGAGUUUAUAACAUGAACCAAUCAAUGAGAUUACUCCUUAUUUUAAGAGACCCAAGCGAGAGAGUACUAUCAGAUUACACCCAAGUGUUCUAUAAUCACAUGCAGAAGCACAAGCCGUAUCCAUCCAUUGAACAAUUCCUGAUUAAAGAUGGCGAGCUGAAUGUGGACUACAAGGCAAUAAACAGAAGCUUAUACUACAUUCACAUGCAAAACUGGCUGAAGUAUUUUCCUCUUGAUCAUAUCCACAUUGUAGAUGGGGAUAAACUAAUCAAAGAUCCCUUCCCAGAAAUAGAGAAGGUCGAGAGAUUUUUGAAGUUAUCUCCACAGAUUAAUGCUUCAAACUUUUAUUUCAAUAAAACUAAAGGCUUCUACUGCCUAAGAGACGGUGGUAGAGAGCGUUGUUUACAUGAGUCAAAAGGUCGAGCACACCCACAAGUAAAUAUCCGGUUACUCGAGAAACUGCACGAAUAUUUCCAUGAACCCAACAAGAAAUUCUUUGAGCUUGUGGGCAGGACAUUUGACUGGCACUCAUUUGUGGCAAGUUAGUGUCAAACUGCAGAACUUAUGUUCCAGUGUACAUUUAGAAAUUUUAAAAAGGGCAUUUAAGCUAUAAUUUAUUUGUAAAUUCCAUAAAUACUUCUGUACAGUAUUAGAGUCACAAUUGCCAUAUAUUAUACUAGUUAUAUUUUUCUACUUGUUAAAUUUGAAAACAUUUUGUAUUGUUUUUCAUGAUUGUUAACAUUGUGUAUGAUGUGUGUAUAUGAAGAAACUAAAUUAUUUCCCUGCAGAAGAUGCUCUCUUGAUGCAUCUCUUGUCUUUUUAAUAAAUAAGAAAUUCAUUUCAACAGAACCCUCCAGAAUUAUUUGGCCUUUGUGGGCUAUAACGAAUAUGCUAAACUUUACAUUUCCAUUUUUCUUGCUUUGAAAUGUGCUUUAAUAAUUUCUUUGUUCAUUUGAACAUAUUAUCUUAGUUCGCAGAUUGUUCCAUCCUGCUUUAUGAAGUUACUUCCUGAUAAAGUGGUGGUACUUGCACAUGUUGGGACAUGCACACCCAAAGGACAAUAUAAGUCUCUGUGUAACAUGACAUAUUAACUGCUGUACUUACGUUUGUAUUUACUGUUAUAACAAGUGCUCCUCAAAUUCUUUGGCAGUACAGUGCAGGUUUCAUAGCAGAUUUUUAAAGAUUCUAUGGGGACUAGCUCAUAAAAUCCAGAGUUAGCUGCAGAAAUACGGUCAACCUGAAAACUUCCUCCAGUCCCUGAAUGUAUAUAUACAUUUUAUAUAGAAAGAAGAAUGGUUGAGAAAAGAAUUUAAGCAAUAUAGGGACAUUUUCAAGGUUGCUUAUGACUGUUCCUACAUUUUAUAGCACAUUUAUGCUUCGCCAUUACUGAGAAUGGACACUUACACCAGAAAAAUUUGUUGGUCUGCGUUCCAAUAAGUAGUAUCUUCCUUCAUUCAUACAAAUAUCACCAUUUAAGUCUAUUUUCUAUGAGUUGAGCAGGUGAUUCAUGCAACUGAUAAUUGCCCAUGGACUUCUGUUCAUUUAAUCUCCUUCCAAGAACCAUGAUGCCAAGUCUUGAUUAGACUUUUGUGUUGUGGGAUUAACCUAAAUUCCAGGAAUUUUUAUGGUCUUCCAUCUGUGACAAAUGGAAGUUAGAUGUUCAGUACAUUGGUAAACAUUACAGCUCUCCUUGUCUGUGGUAGUUUAAGAUAUCUUGUUAGCUAUCAGCUUCUGGAGUUGGAGUUAAUCCUGUUUCCACACAAGGCUUCCUAUGGUACUUUCAUUCUGAGCUCCUAAGUUUCAUUACGUUAUCUUGCAUUUAGUUGUUGAACAUGCAGUGGCAACACCCUGUAAAUUUGAACUUGUAACUCAUUGUUACAGUCCUUUAUAAAAAGUAAAUGUAGAUUGAUUUUUUUUUUUUUUUUUGCUGGUGAGAUGGUGCAAACUUGGGCACUAUGACAAGGUACUGUCUGGAUGCAAAUAUCCCAUAUUAUGCUGCUUGCAUGAAAAUUUGCGAUGCUGCCCCUCUCUUUCCCAAUCCUUGUGCACCUGCCCAAGCUGUAUUCAACCUCAGAGAGGUUGGUGGCAUUUUACAAAAUAGACCUUUGACAAAAACCUACAAUGAAAUGAUAUUGUACUCAAUAAAAUAUUUUCU